AUAAGAAUCCCACAUGUAGCUUAACAAUUAACUUGAAAAACAAAGAUGAACAACUUGUUUCCUAAAGAUUUCACAAAACAAACAGAGGAAAUUGAAACUUUGACUGAAUUUCAAGGCCUACAAUUCCCAAAAAUAGAAGGCGAAGACGAUGCAAUAAGACAAGCAUAUCUUGCUAUUAUAUCAUCGUCUUCACCUUCUUCUUAUUUUUCAUCUCGUGGACAAAUUCAAGAGAAUUUGACACGAGAUCAUCAAUUAACAACACGAAAUACGACUGCAUUCACAAGGUUUAGAUCAACCAAUUAUGCCUCAAUAGGUGCAAGAACAACAAAUUGUAGACAAGGCAUGUUGAAGAGGUCCAUUACAUUUUUCAAGAACUUGUAUAUGAUGAAUAGGCAAGAAGGGAUUCAAGUGAAUCGCGCGAUGAGUACACAAGUUCAUCAUAUGAUCUCGGAGAGAAGAAGACGCGAAAAACUUAACGAGAACUUUCAACAUCUUAGAUCAUUACUCCCUCCAGGAACUAAGAAGGACAAAGCGUCAGUUCUUGCUAGUACAAUAGAGUACUUAAGUUCAUUGAAAUAUCAAGUGGAAGAACUAUGUAAAAGGAAUGAAAUAUUGGAAGGACUACUUCUGUCUAAGAAAAAAGCUUCUCAAUUUCAACAAAAUGGAAGUGGAAAAGUAGAUGUUUACAUAACAAAUAUAGAAGAAAGAUCAAUUGUGGACUUGCAAGUUAUAACCAGAGGAAAAUGCAGCAUAUCGGAUUUGGUUAUUUGCUUAAUGGAAUUCUUGAAAUUGGCUAAUUAUGUAAACUUAGUGUCUAUUGAUGCAAACACAACAAUGGUUCAAUCAUGUCCACUUACUCUCAUAACAUUAAGACUGAGAAUCCAGGGAGAUGAAUGGGAUGAGUCUGCUUUCCUGGGAGAAACAAGAAGGGUUGUUGGAAACGUGACAUAAUUUAUUGGUAGUUUUAUAAAAAAAAAUUCACAAACUAUGUUAGUCUAGGCGAAUUCAAGAUUUAAAGUCAGUUCAUGAUUAAUAUAUAAUUCAAAUUGAAAACAAUGUGUUCAGUUCAAUUCGGGGAAUAAGAAAAUGAUAGUAUAUUAGAAAGUUCAUAUAUGGUGAACUGAAAGAAUAUGCAUGUGUUGCCAAUCUUGACUAAAAUUUGUAAACUUGUGGAUCAAAAUAACUCAUCCAAUU